CUCCUGCGGGAACGGCCCCCUCCUGCAUAAAUAGCGGUGGUGGGGAAGCAGACGGUUCAGACGGGACGACUGGCAGCACAGCAGCGGCAGGAGAGUCCCGGUUCAGCGCAAAGAUGAGAGCCGUGGUGGUGGCCCUCGCCCUGCUCUGCCUGACGGGCACCCAAGCCCGCUACUUCUGGCAGCACGAUGAACCCCAGGCGCCCCUGGACCGCCUCAAGGACAUGAUGGAUGUGUACCUGGAGACGGUGAAGACCAGCGGCAAGGAAGUCAUCAGCCAGUUCGAUGCCUCCGCCGUGGGCAAACAGCUGGACCUGAAGCUGGCCGACAACCUGGACACGCUGGGCGCAGCUGCUGCCAAGCUGCGGGAGGAUCUGGCCCCUUACUACAAGGAGGUGCGGGAGAUGUGGCUGAAGGACACGGAAGCUCUGCGCCAGGAGCUCAGCAAGGACCUUGAGGAGGUGAAGGAGAAAAUCCGGCCCUUCCUGGACCAGUUCUCAGCCAAGUGGACGGAAGAUCUGGAGCAGUACCGGCAGCGCCUGGCACCCGUGGCCCAGGACAUGAAGGAGCUCACCAAGCAGAAGCUGGAGCUGCUGCAGGAGAAGCUGACCCCGGUGGCUGAGGAGGCGCGGGAUCGCCUGCGCGGGCACGUGGAGGAGCUGCGCAAGAACGUGGCGCCCUACAGCGAUGAGCUGCGGCAGAAGCUGAGCCAGAAGCUGGAGGAGAUCCGGGAGAAGGGCAUCCCCCAGGCCGCCGAGUACCAGGCGAAGGUGAUGGAGCAGAUCAGCAACCUGCGCGAGAAGGUGACCCCCCUGCUGCACGACUUCAAGGACCGCGUCGCCCCCUACACCGAGACCCUCAAGAACCGCUUCAUCACCCUCUUGGAGGACCUCCAGAAGAGCAUCGCCUGAGCCGCCAGCCAGCGUGGCCAGGGACUGACCCUGUCCCCACUCCCGCAGCCCCACGGCCGCUCCCUGCCCUUCGCUGCGGUUCUUCCCCCCAGGCAGGGCUGCAGGAGCCCCACGGCGUCCCCCACUCCUGCCGCCUUCCCUCCCUGACCUGGCGUCGCUCUCCGCUUUGCCUUCCUUUUGUCAAAUAAACGUGACUUAAGUUA